AUGGAGGUUUUGGUUUUGAAACUGAUUCUGAUUUACUCACUUUUCAAUGGAGUAUUGUUGGUUUGCUCCAUGCAAAUGGGACUGGAAGGCAACGAGACCGAUAGGCUGGCACUGCUAGCCAUCAAAGCUCAAAUAAAGCCAGAUCCUCGCAAUGUAAUGAGCUCCUGGAAUGAGUCCAUUCACUUUUGCUCGUGGCACGGUGUCUCCUGCGAUCGCCAGAGGGUCACAAAGCUGAACCUGCAAUCUCAAAAGCUGGUAGGGUCCCUGUCUCCAAACAUAGGAAAUCUAAGUUUCCUAAGGGAACUAGAACUACAGAACAACAGCUUCAGCAAUAAAAUCCCUCCAGAAAUUGGGAAUUUGCGUAGAUUGCAGGUACUGUAUCUAAACCGUAACUCAUUUAGUGGCCCUAUUCCGUACAACAUAUCAUAUUGCUCCAACCUCAUCUUCAUGAAUUUCGGUUUCAACGGGUUGGUGGGUAAAAUUCCAUCUGAAUUUGGCUCUUUGUCGAAGCUUCGAAGAUUUGUUGUAGAAGCUAAUAAUUUAACAGGAGAGAUCCCUCCUUCCUUGGGAAACCUUUCGUCUCUCGAGGCAAUUCGUGCAACUCAAAAUAGCUUGGUGGGAAGCAUCCCUACUUCUCUAGGCCAAUUGGUAAACUUAGCAUUUUUGGCAUUGGGCUCAAACAACUUAUCUGGUACCAUUCCUCCCUCCAUCUACAACCUCUCUGCUCUACAUACUUUUGCCGUACCACUUAACCAAAUUCAAGGGAGUCUUCCAUUAGACUUGGGAAAAACUCUUCCUAAUCUCCAAACCUUUAUCAUUGGUUACAACCACUUUUUUGGAUCCCUUCCUCCCUCACUAUCAAAUGCCACAAGUCUACGGUUGUUUCAAGUUCAAGGAAACAAACUAACGGGGCAGGUGCCGGAUUUCCGAAAGCUUCAUAACCUACAGAGAUUCACUAUUCAACAAAAUCGUCUGGGAAGCGGUACGGAUGGUGACUUGAGUUUUCUCUCAGACUUGACCAAUGCCACAGAGUUAGAAUAUUUGAUUAUGGAGUCAAACAAUUUUGGUGGGACGUUGCCCGCAUCAAUAUCCAAUCUCUCAACCAAGCUUGAAAUGUUUUGGUUAUACAGAAACCAAAUACAUGGAAGCAUCCCAACAGAAAUAGGGAAUUUGGUGAACCUACAAUCUUUAGGAAUGGGGGACAAUAGCUUCACCGGUAGUAUCCCCACUGAAAUUCAGAAGAUGUCAAGCAUUGUGGAAUUAGACAUUUCUAUGAAUGUAUUAUCAGGAAGCAUUCCGAACUCGAUAGGAAAUUUAACCAAGUUGUACAGACUCUUCUUAGAAGGAAAUAAUCUUGAGGGUGUCGUCCCUUCCAGCCUGGGAAAAUGCAAGCAGCUGAUAAUAUUGGAUUUGGCUAAUAAUAAACUUAGUGGUGCAAUACCUCAACAAGUUAUUGGCCUCCCAUACUUAUCAAAGCUUUUGAACUUGUCCACGAACAGCUUUACAGGUUCUCUUCCCAUGGAGGUUGGAAACUUGAAAAGUCUAGGUAAAUUAGACGUUUCAAAUAACAUGUUAUCCGGAGAGAUUCCUACCACCCUCGGUAAAUGUGAGAGUUUAGAAGUCUUACAUUUGCAAGGCAACUUCUUCAAGGGGUCUAUUCCCUCAUCUAUGAUUGGGUUGAAAGCCAUAGAAGAAUUAGACCUUUCUCGCAACAAUUUGUCCGGUGAAAUUCCAAAAUUCUUAGAGGGCUUUGUCUUCUUGAACAAACUAGACCUAUCAUUCAAUGAAUUUUGGGGAGCGGUACCAACUGGAGGAGGUGCUUUUAAAAAUGCAAGUGCGAUUUCAAUUACUGGCAACACCAAGCUCUGUGGAGGUAUUGCUGAUCUCCAACUGCCCAAGUGCAAGUCCAGAAAAGGAGGAUUAUCUCGUAGCAUGAAAUUAAUAAUCCCGUUAGUACUUUCCGGAGUUGCUCUUCUUGGAAUAGUUAUGGUGAUGUCCUAUUUCUUCCUCUGUUCGUCAAGAAGGAAAAGGAAAGAGAUUCCGUUGAGCACAUUGGCGAACCAUUUUUUGCAAGUGUCAUAUGCUACUCUUCUAAGAGCUACUGACGAGUUCUCUUCGGCUAAUUUGAUUGGGGCAGGCAGUUUUGGGUCUGUGUACAAAGGAAUUCUUGAUGAUAAUGAUAAACAUCAACUUGUUGCUGUGAAGGUGUUCAACUUAUUACGCCAUGGAGCAUCGAAGAGUUUCAUGGCCGAAUGUGAGGCUUUAAGAAACAUCAAGCAUCGAAAUCUUGUCGAGAUUAUAACUGCGUGUUCAAGUGUUGACUUUCAUGGUAAUGACUUCAAGGCUCUGGUUUACAAGUACAUGGACAGAGGAAGCUUAGAGGAGUGGCUGCAUCCUCCUACUGAAAUUGAAGAGGUAAGAGAGGCACAAAAUCUAGAGCAAAGGCUAGACAUUGCCAUUGAUGUUGCUUGUGCAUUGGAUUAUCUUCAAAAUCAUUGUGAAACACCGAUAGUUCAUUGUGAUCUCAAGCCGAGCAAUGUUCUUCUGGACAACGAGAUGACUGGACAUGUUUCUGACUUUGGACUAGCAAGAUUUCUCUCCCAACAAACUGGUUCUAAUGCUUCAGAAAAUCAAACAAAUUCCAUUGGAAUAAAAGGAACAGUUGGUUAUGCUGCUCCAGAGUACGGUAUGGGAAGUGAGGUGUCAACAAUUGGAGAUAUCUACAGCUUUGGUAUUCUUCUGUUAGAGAUGUUCACAGGAAAGCGACCCACCGACGACAUGUUUAAUGGGGACCUAAACCUUCAUACUUACGUUAAAAUGGCUUUCCCUAAUCGAGUUAUGGAGAUUGUAGAUUCAACACUGUUUGAAGGAGGCACCAACGAGAGAAGUGUUCAAAAGAUUGAGGUGUGCUUGAAUUCAAUAUUUAGAAUUGGAAUUGAAUGCUCUGCUGAAUCUCCAAUAGACCGUCUAAAGAAUAUCAGUGAUGCUGUAUCUGAGCUGCAUUCCAUUAGAGACGUUCUUCUUGGAUAGGAACUUUUUCUGCUACGGGUUUGUGUGAUGGGGAUAUUAUUUUUUAUGUUGCUGCCUGAGAAAUAUUCUUGUUGCUGCUGCUAGGCUGGUACAGUAGAUGGGAGU